AUGCAAGCCAAUGCAGUGUGCGAGCCUUGCACCAUAAAGAUCGUGACCAGAGAAUGGUGCGGCGACUGACCGUAGCCGUUCUGGCUCAAGGCCCGAGAGAAGGGCGCCCCCUUCCGUAGAAGUAUGGGAAGGGGGCUUCUGCUACACUUACUUAUGAUGCGCACGCGCGCGAUCAUGUCAGGAAGACGUUAGGAGCAGCUCGCAGUGGGCGCUCCCGUUCUGACGUCGCCCGCAGGCGCCCUCACGCUGGGGAGCCCUGAUUCGCAACCCGUGCCGCGCUCUCGCCAGACGCCCAUGCUGGAGGCGCCCAGCUUCCUGGCGCCCGCUGCCGCCGAGGAGGUGCAGUCUCACGUGCGGGCCUGGUUCGAUGUGGUCGAGUCGGAGCUGGCGGCGGUCGACGACUCGAACCGUCCAGCCUGCGUGCCUAGUCCACAUUUCAGAGAGCAGGUACAAGCUCCACUGUGGUGAGUUCAGUGGCCCCUGUGGCCCGCUACUGAAGGAUGUCCUGGACGUGAUCGUGCCAGGUCUCCCACGUGCACGUGCCCUUCGGCCUGCACGACGGCGUGCAAAACGUCCACUCUGGCAGCUUGGGCAUACCGGUCCUCGGCGCUAUGUAUCACCCGUUGUUUUCUCCACUAUUGCUGUGCCUUUCGCGAUGGGCAACGUCAGGUCUGCUCUGGCAUAUGUCAACACGCCGGUUGUCGGUUGGGACAAUUCUGUGAAAGGGAUGCUGCAAUGUAACAGCACCAGCGCGCGCAUCAAGAAGGCCGUCGUCCGCGGCAGAACGCAGUGGAAGGGGAUGAAGUUCGGGACUUGCACGCAGAGCUGCGGCUGGGAAGACAAUGGCCGCUGGCUCCUUCACAUGCUUGGCGAGUCUCACCCCGGCAUGUUCGACGCUUAUGUCACCAAGAUCCACCGGAGAAGCAAUGGCAGCGGCUUCCUGCCCUUGACGGAACAGCUGUGCAACUACCAGGCUAUAUUGAACGUGGGGAGCGCCAACGACUGGGCCGAAAGACUCAGGCAGUGCUUUUAUGGAAACGCCGUCGUCAUAUUGCCCGAGAAUCCGCCAUCCGAGUUUUUCAACAGUUUCAUGCGAGCGUGGAGGCAUUCUGGCCCAGCAAGUCUGACCUCAGCGAUGUCGUUGAACAAGUGUCCCAUGUCAUGUCGCCGGAGAACACGUCGCGGCAGCUGCAGGGUCAGGAGGAUUUUGCCCGAAAGUAUUUGAGCGAGGAGUUUAUGUAUUAUUACAAGAUGGUUAUCAUGGAGUACGCCGCGCGGGUGAGGAACUUCGUCCACGGGACGCAGGUUGCCCAGAGCCGCGUCGCCGCAGAGGAGGCGAGGUCCCUCUUUAAGCUCGGCGGUUGCCGUCGCUACCAUGAGCGCGAGUGCCCGCCCAGGGAUCCUAAAUGACGUGGUCAGUGCCCACCCAUUUCUCCUGUCAGCUCGGCGGGUUACAACAACAUAUGUUAUCAUGGAGUCCGCCGCGCGGGCAAGGGGCUUCGUCGACAGGGCGAAGCCCUCCCGUCGCGGGGCUUCGUCGACAGGACCCAGCCAUCCGAAACAGUUUUAGGUAGGCUUCUGGCCAGCCCCAGCCAGGGGAAAUCCAGGAUAUGUUUUUCCGGUGUUGGCCCAGCUAUCCAAAACAGCGUCGCCGCAUAUGAGGCGAGGUCCCUCCUUCAGCUCGGCUGUUGCCGACACUUCCAUAAGCGUGAGUGCGCGAGUGUCCACCCAUUUUCACUUUACUUGCAUGUGUACGCGCAUUUGGCGCGUCGACUGUUUCGUCGUCUGGUCACUGAUUUUUUCAUCGCUGUCAAGAAAUGGUGCGGCGAUGAACGGCGGCGACGGGCGGCCACACGUUGGCUGGACCAGCGCGCAGUCCAAGCUUCGAGCCGCGCACAAUCACAAUCGUGACCACAUUGGCGCGGCGACGGGCGGCUGCAGGGCGGCGGAGCUGGCAACCAGGCCCAGCUCUCUUUAUGAUUAUGGGUCAAGCGAGAGCUCCUCAGCACAUGCACCGGAAGGGGAACACCGCGAAAAGUCGCGACUGGAGCCCCAGGGCCCAUCUUCCUGCGGCACUCUUCGGGCCGGGCCGACCUUCGAGUGCCCCAGGGCCCGAGACAGGGCAGGGUCGUCCCUUCCGGAAGACUUGCAGCGCCUGGAUGCCAGGGACGACGCGUGAUCCACAGGGGCGGGCCAGGCGCUCCCCGCGCGCGCGCCCCGAGAACUGCCGGGCUGGCGCGGGAAGCCGGCGGCGCAGAACGACGGGCUGCUGUGGUGGUUCUUGCGGGACC